AUGGCCGACGACCCAGCAGAAGUUGAGAGACUCAUUCUCUCACUGUACCAACCGAAUCCUCCCGAAGUGAUUGCUCAGACCCAGGCAACCUUAUCUCGUCUUCAAGGCACUCCUGAAGCUUGGGGUCUUGCUCGCAUCCUAUUGGAGAAGCCUGACCAGCAGGUCAAGUUCUUUGGCGCACUCACCAUCGUCAUCAAACUCAAUAACGAGAGUUUAUCACUCUCACCCGAAGAUGCUUCUGAGCUGUUACUGUUAUUGAUUAAUCACUACCUGGAUACGCUGCGCAGUCGAAGUUCACCGUUGGUUGCCCGGAAACUCGCAUCAGCCCUUGCGACCUUUUACAUCAACUUUCACCAACUAUGGAGUCGUUUCAUCCGCCAUCUCGUGUUUUGCUUAGUCUCAGGCCAGUCGUGUCUACCAAGUGCCCUCGAUGAAGGACAAGGACCCGAUACAGUUUCGCUUAUGGAGCGCAUGGAACCAUCACAAGCACAGGCUGCUCUGUGGGUAUUGACCAACGUCUUCGAUGAGGUUGCCAAGAUCAACCUGAACUCGUCGUGGGUAUGGUUCGCUCAAAAGUCAUCCUCUAAGGAUACAAGACUCUCGGAACCCAUCGGACCCUUGAUCACGGCAGUAAUCACCUCCUUGACAGUCGACGAACUUUACAGCGUGUCAGUCGAGCUAAUGGUCGACCUGCUAUCCAACUGCCUGAUGUUUCUGAGCGAUACCCAUUUUGACAAUCUUGCUCACCUCUUUGACUCCCCCUGGUCUCAGCGUCGCUAUGAGAAACUAGUGCAGGGAGACUUUGAGUUUGACUCUCUACAGUACGGCCUGCUCCUGUUGGCCUUUGGAGAGGCCAAGAUUGAGAGAUUUAUGCAAAGCGGUGACAGCAGGAGUGAGAAACUGCUCUCAAAUCUAUGCGGUCUACUCGCUGCUCGAGGUUAUGUUGUUGAGGAGGACAGGAUCUUUGUCCCAGCUCUCGAGUUCUGGCUGACCUAUGCUGAGACCUUGACUGAUCUGACGUAUUCAGACGAGGAGUCAGCUGGCACCUGGGUUCCUCGAGCUCGUUCCCAUCUUCUGCAAGCUGUUUCGAAUGCGUGGCAGAAAAUCAUAUACCCGCCUGCUGAGGAAUUCCACUCGUGGGACUCAAGCGAACGGAUGAGCUUCCAUGACGCAAGGAAGGAUGUAGUCGAUCUUCUUCAGUCCGUAUUUACAUUAGUAGGACCGCAGCUCGUGUCUACCUUUGCGGACCUCGUUCUGAAAGCUUUGUCUGAAUCGUCGUGGCCUCAGCUUGAAGCAGCGGCCUUUUGUCUGGGUGGACUUGCCGAUUGUAUCAGCGAGACAAACAGAGGUGAUGACGCGCUAUCCGUGGUCUUCAAGUCAUCUCUUUUCGCCAUCUUGCGUUCAGGCCAGUCCGAGAUUCCUCCCAAGGUUCAGCAAACGUGCGUCUCCCUGAUUGCCCGUUACACGGAGUAUUUCGAGCGCAAUGUUUCUGAGCUUCACCCCGUGCUCAACUUCAUCUUUGGCGUGGUAGGAGAACAUGCAAUGGCCAACGCCGCAGCAAAGUCCAUUCACAGAUUAUGCGGUUCCUGUCGCGGAAAUCUUCAUACAGAAGCCAACAGCUUUCUCAACGAGUAUCAGAGCCUAGUAUCCGGAAGACGACUUGACUGCGGCGCUAGCGAGAAGGUAGUUGGUGGUAUUGCAUCAGUCAUCCAAGCGAUGCCUGAUUUAAACCAGAAAUAUUCGGCGUGUGGCCGCCUUCUCGAGUUUGUUCAGGCUGAUGUCCAGCAUUCUCUGGACCUUCUAAGAUCCUACGACGGCAGCCCUAUGCCUUGCUGUGCUGUUUACACCUGCUCAUAUGCUGCUCCCGAUGAGACUCCUGCCCUUCACACGGCACUGAAGUCUCUGAGAUGUCUGGCCAGCAUUGGGAAAGGUCUCCAGGCCCCAGCCGAGUUAUCGGUUGAUCUGGAGAGUAGCAGGCCCAGCACUCGAGUCGUGGAUCCUCAUCUUGCUCAGCUCCAAGGAAGCAUCAUGUCUAUGAUCAGCCAGAUUCAAGAGGCCUUCAACACCAGCGGUGAGGUUGUUGAGCUCAUUUGCAGUGUCCUACGUAGUGGGUUCUCCGAAUCUGAACCUGGUCCCUUCGUACUGCCACCACAUAGUGUUGCACAGUAUUUGACGAACCAGAAUCUUGAGACACCAAGAGUUGGCCUGCUCGUCAAGACUGCUUGCUCCUUCGUCAGCUCCCUUGAACAUGAUGGACUCGACAAUCAGCAAGAAAUGUUGAACUCUGUGCUCCUCUGGGUAAUUGGAUUGCUUAAACAGCUGCCUAACUACGAGGUAGACACCGAGCUUACACAAAACGGCAUUGACUUUGUAACACGCCUUUUGAACAAGCGCCCUGUUACUUUACUUCAUCUCCAGCCUUCCGAUGCUGCCGAAUUCUUCUUUCUCUUCACCCUUCAGGUAUUGGACGGAAAGGAGCCACUCCCGAAAGCAAGCGCAGCAGAGUUCUGGGCUACCUUUGUCAGCAUCAAGUAUGAGUCUCAGGAACUCAAUGAUGUUGCCCAACAGGCUAUGCAGAUGCUGGGGCCUCUGCUCUCGCGUACUCUUGCUAGGAACCUUGGGGGUAAUGCUUCCAGAAGUGAGCUUGAUAAGUUGAGUGAGCCUCUCAAGAAGCUGGUAUAUCGGUACCCCAUGGCCAAGAGCUGGCUUGAGGCUGGUCUCACACAUGAGACCUUUCCCAGUACAAAGGUUACUCCUCAGGAGAAAUCGAUGUUCCUGAAGAAGAUUAUUAGUCUCAGGGGAGCCAAGGCCACAAAUCAGGUUGUCAGAGACUUUUGGCAGUCGGCGCGAGGCUCGAAUUUUGCUUACGCCUCAUGA